AUGAAAGUCAAUGCUAUUGUUAACCAAUUAAAAAAUAUAAAAUCUAAAAAUAAAUCAUUAAAUGGAGUAAGUUAUAUUGAAAAACAUUUAAGUUGAUUCGAGAGAUGAUUGGAGAUCUAGAGAAGCCAGAAAUAACUCAAGAAAUGCUGGAAAAUCAUACUAUAAAAAUUAUAAAUAGUACAAAGGAGAAGGAUUUGAAGGUUGUUCUACAAUUUUUGAUAUAAUUACAGCAUUUAAAUAAGUUAAAAAAUUUAGACGAGCAUUUUUUAUUGUAAGAAUAUUUAUAUAGAGUGAAAAUAGAUUAAUAGAAAGAAAUCAAAAAUAGGGUAGCUAUCAUGCUUAAAUCAUAUAGUUAUUGCAUACCCUAACUGAAAAAGUCUCAAUAUUUUAUUUGCCUUACAGUUAUAGAUUUUUAAGAAUAUGUUAUAGAAUCAAGUAAUUGUCAAAUGAUAAUAUAAUAUUUGUGAAUAUUUAAGUACUAAAUGAUGAAAUGCUCACUAAAAUUGGUUAAUCAUGUAAGGGUUACUGGGAAAAUAAAUAAGAAACAGAAAAAAAUGUUUUGGCAAUUUUAAAUUUUUUUAUGAGAAUUGCUGAUGGCACAUAAGAUAAUGAUUUUGAUGAUAUUUAUGCACUCAAGGCCUUAAGUUUGAUUUUAGAGGAGCUCUCAAAAUUAAAAAUAUUGCUAGAAAAUAAAAUAGCAGGAUUAAUUAAUUCUAAUUUGAGUGCAUUAUUAAAGAGUAACUUAAAUAAAUCAACUUAAUCAAUAUAGAAAUGUAAUAAUAUUAUGCUAAAUAUAAAAUAGUGUAAAGUAUUUUCAAGUUGAUUGAGAUUUUAUUAUUAGGAAACAGUCGUUAUUUUUUUGAUUUUCUGGAAACAUUAAAGAAACAUUUAUUUAGUGAGACACAUUCAAUACAAAAACAACUUUCUUACUUAACAAUUGUAAAUUGUACAGAUGCAUUUAUUGAGUAUAUGUCAAAUGAUAAAUAUAAAAAUGAAUUUGUGAUAUUUUACACAGAAAUUACUAAACAGACUUAAAUAGAUAAUAUCAAUAUUCCUCAUAAAUUAAAGCAGAUACAUGAAGUCGUGGGACAUUUUAUAUAAUUAGAAAAUAUUUAUUAAGAAUAUUCAGAUAAUAAAUAGAUUCUAAAAUUUAUAGCAGAAUUCAAUUAAAAAUUAUCUUAAUCAAUGUAGAAACCUCAAAUGCUUUUAUAAAAAUAAAUAAAAAAGUGUAUGAAAAACCUUCUAAGUAAAAUUGAGUUUGAAUAGGUAGAGUAAACAUAUUAAAAUUACUUAUAAAUUUUGGAUUCAGACAUAAGGAAUUCAAUGAUUAUUCAUUUAAUUAAUCAUAAUCAGAUUGUAUUUGUAACUCAAAUUUUGGAUAAAUAAAAUGAUAUAUCCACAAAUACAUGGUAAAAAUAUAUAGAAUACUAUUUGAAGAUAAAGGAAUCAAAUGAAGACCUAGAAUAAUUAAUGAAAUCUUUAUUAUUGAAUAAUAACUUAUAGUAAAUUGAAGUUCUUUUAUUUAGUCUAUUCUCUUGUAAAUGCUAUUAACUAAUAAUCUAAUUAUGUAAUAUUCAUUAUAAUGCAUUAUAAUUUGAUUUGGUGUUAUAAUUUUUAUAUGAGGAAUUAUUAAAUGAUAUAGAAUAAUAACAUACAGUUGAAUUGAUAUGCUCUUUAAUAAUUUUGUAAUUGGAGAGAUCAAACUUUUUCUAAUUUGAUUAUAUGUUAAAGAUGAUUUAAUUGAAUAUUCAUAAUGAGUUAUUAUUGCAUUAUUUAUAAACAAUAGGUAGUAAAAUAUAAAUGGAUUAAUUGUUAAGCUUAUUAACUUAAUGUCUUCCUUCCUAAUUAGUCUCUACAAUAUUAUUUGACUGUGUUUUAGUGAAAGAGUUGGAUGAAUCAGAUUUAGAUCUAAUAUUAUAUAUAUUGCAGAAAUAAGAACUAAUUGAUGAUCAUUUAAUUGCUUUUUUGAUAGAUAAGAUAGCAAAUAUGGAGGAUUAUGCCAUAGCACUCUUUAAUGUAAUAUCAUAAAAGAAAGUUCCAAUAAAAUUAAUAUUUUACAUAGGAUAACAAAUUCAGAAUUAAAAGUAUUAUAAUAAAACAAUAAACUAAUAAUUGUAAUUCAAUCAUUAAGUUGACAUUAAUUAUUUAUAUGAAUUAUGUCAAUUUACAUAUGGUGCUGGAUAAAUAGAUGCAGAUUUUAUAGAAAAUUAAUUGCCUUAUUUAGAAAGGUUGAUAGAAACUCAGUAAAAUGAUUUAGUAGAGGAAGUUACAAGAGUGAUUAAGUUUUAUAUUUAAAACUUUCCUACUCAAUAAUGUUUAAUAAAAUUAAUUUCAAAAUAUGAAUAUCUAUACAAUUAUGGUAAUACAAAUCUUACAUAAACAUUGAUUUAAAUUGUUCCAGAUUUGAAAAUAAUUUUGAAUCUUUUGUAGAGAGAUGAUUAAGGAUUGUAAUAAUUCGAAAAUAAAUUGAAUAAUUUACAUUUGUAUGCUGAAUUUGCAGAAUAUAUUGAAAAGCAUUAAAUCAAUCUGAAUUGUGAUUCUAACUAAGUUAAGAUAUUACAUAAGAUUUAACUGACUGAAUUAGAGUAACAAUGA